AGUAAGGACCUGGCCUGUCUGGAGUUAUCGAUUCUUAUUGCCUCAUAUCUGAAGUCUUGUCUCCUGCAAUGAAGGUGCAAAUCGAUUAGCUUGGUCGGAGUCGCACAGGCUUAAUUCCUCCGGGAAUGCAAAUCUCUCCCCUUCUUUAAAGCUUCUCAUUUAUGUCAUCUUUUCCCCCUCCAACCUUCUUCUCUCCUCUUCCGUUUUUUCGUUUCAAAUGCAGGAGCUACAGUAAUCGGACGAACGGGGAGAGCUUGGUGACAUUGGAUAGCUUUGACUGACUUGACACUUGAGAUCUUCUUUUCUUGAUUUUGUUUUCUUGAUUUUUUGAAAUAAGAAGGGUUGGCUUGGUCGGAGUGCAGAUCUUCUUCAUUCUCAUUCACAACUGAUAAUUUAAAUUUUACCUUUUCUAAUCCUUUUCGCUUUGUUUGUUUUUGCUAUUCACCACCCAUAAUGUGUCAAUGCGUUUUUUCCUUGGUAGGUUUUGUUCUUGCAUGUUGUGUUAAUUCUGUUUUUAUGUAUCUAAAUAUGGUGUUCAUUGUGUCAAUGUGAUGUUGCCCCUGUUUUUUUUUUUAGUUUCUAGCCAUGUGCAUGCAAUCUGGGACUGGGGAGUCACUUUGUUAUCAUUUUUUAGUUACUACUUAAUUAACAAUCGCAUCACCUACACCACUUUCCAACAAUAUUUUUCUUAAAGGAGAAGCAUGAGUUCCCAUCAGUAAGUGAUCCAAGGAAGCUCAGAUUCUAAAUCUAGGGGCUUCUCCGAAAGUAGCCAAUUAAUGCAAACCAUGUGCUUUUUCUUAAGGCCACCACCCUCACCAGCAGGAUAUUUUUCCACAACCCUGACUGGCUCAGAAAAUAGCUUAUGUGGUUGAAUUCUAGACUCUAGGGGUGCUGGCUGAACUAGAAUCAAACAUGUCCAAAUAUCCUGUACAACAUGGUUUUAAAAAAGCAUACUUCAAAUUUUCUACAAUACUCCCUAUUAAAUCCUACAACUAUAUAAUCAAUCUAGUAUAUUUCUAACCAUAUACCACUAUCAUAUAACCAACUUCACAACAAUCAAAAGAGAAGUAGAGACACUAAACCAAUAAAAGGGUAAAAGCAAAACUAUACAAUAUAACUACUAUAGUUAAUAAUUGGUUGCACAUGAAAACUAUAGCCAAGAUUUGCUUGUUUGUGACUUUGCUUGUUGCUGUUGGUAACUUAGUGUGUGUCUUGUUUCUCAAAAGAGAACUUGUUUGCCUCAAUUGGAGCAGACAAAAUGGCAAUGCAAAGACAUCGAUGAUCAGGAGUCAGGACACAUGUGCUGAUAUAAGCUUAGGACUUCUUGUCCUUCUUCACCUUGAAAUUUCAUAUAUUCAUUUGAUUACUACCAUCUACAAUGUGCUUCUAAACAAUAAGAAACAAUGUCCUCACACGGCUUUAGUGAGCAGUCACUUACAUUACAUGUAAUACACAUGCCCUAUAUUCUACUCCAUUCCAGCUAAAUGGAGGAGUCACUUUGUUAUCAUUUUCUAGUUACUGCUUAAUACACAUGGCCUAUAUUGUACUCCAUUCAAGAUCUGAAACUCAGUAGUAACUUAGAAGAGAAUAAUCAUGUACAAUAUGUCUUAAUCAUUUUUCACUGGCUACUUAUAUUAACAUGUUUAUACAUCAGCUCUUGUUUUCUAGAUUACAUGUACGUUAUAGUGUGAGCAUAUACAUUUCUUCUUAACAAAUUAUUUAUUCCAAUACUUUUAUUCCAUCAAUUAUGUAGGGAUGGGUGACAGUGACUUUGUAUCCACGCUCCCCUCCACCCUCACCUCCUAUUGUCGUUCAUAACGCUAUGCAGCCAAUAUCCAAUGAAGCUGCCGAAAGAUACUUGGAUAAGGCCAUUGUAAAUUUGGAUUUGAAAAGGAAGAUAUGGACGAAAAAGACGUGGGAGACCUGUAAAACGUUGGAAGGCAGUGGAGAAGGGACGCCAGAGGAAAUUGCAAGAUAAUUUUUUUUAUUUCUUUUGACAGUACUUUCUCUUUUUUAUAGUAUCUGUUUUGUUAAAUGUCAACACCCUUGACUAGAAUGAGUUUCAAAUCUGUGAGCUUCUCCUUGGGAGUGUCACACUAUUACCGUUGAACCACAAGGUGAUUGGCUGCGAGAUAAAUUUUAAUAUGAUUUAGAUUACGUGUAUUUGUAUGAAGCGAAUCUAGAAAUGAGAUAAAUUUGUGUUCAAAUGUUAAGUUACUAGUAAUUGUUAAAAAUCAUAUCAACCCUUCUAAGUUACUGAAAUAAAAUGGUUAGUGUUGAGACGAUGCAAUUUAUUAGUGAUGUGUCUUGAAAAAUUUUAGUUACUUUAAAUGGUAACGCCAAAACGGGAAUGUUGAAGGAAGUUCAUCCAGUAAUUUAUGGUGUAAAUGGUAACGGUAAUGUUGAGUGAAGGAUGUUCAUUUGGUAAUUUAUGGUGUAGUUACUACUUAUUCGUAAAACAGUAACUACAAAAUUACAUUAUGAGUAAUUGGUGAGUUGUGACAUUUAUAAUAAUAGAGAAUCAUAAUAUCUGGUUAUUUAAGUUACUGAAAAACGGUGAUUAUUUGUAAAUUGAACCAUUGAGGGAUACAUGUUGGUUGGUGUAGGUUCGAUGUAAUUUAUACGUAGUAUCACUUACUGAACCGGAGGCGGAGCUCACCUGGUAGGAAGGGGAUGCCACAAAUGAAAAGUCUCGUGUUCAACUCCAAACAA